AUGUCCCGGGUUACUUCACGGGGCAUAAGCUCAUUUUGACGACCGACUCUAUUGGCCGCGGUUCCCGGUGCAAAAUUCGAAAUAAAAACAAAACAAAAUUAAAUAUAAUACUCGAUAUAACACUAAUUUAUAUGACUAAUAGAUUAAACAGAAACAUUACGACGAUGCUGCCCCCGAGACCACGAGUCGCGACGACGUGUCAUUUUUGUAUGGUCCUGUUGGCGGUCGUAGUGAUGUUCGCAGUGGACAGCGGAACGGCAAAACGUGAGUUCCUGUUGCAUAUUUAUUGUAAUAUUAUCGUUAAAUUUGUUUUACUUUUAUUUCCAUCCGCUAGGCUCAAUAAUUUAGUCAAAUUAUAUUUGGACGUAUAAACGGAAAAUCACUUUUAAAAAACGCGAUAUCGUUUUUACUAUCGAAAAAUAUCAUAAUAUUAUUUUUACGGUUCAAAUUAAUUUUUGUGAACUGUUUUUUUCAUCUAAGUACGCGCAAUAAUUUUUUACCUGCCACUGCUAUAAAAAUUUUUUUUCUUUUUUGCUUUCCACUUAUUAUAAAAAAAAGUAAUAAUAAUAAUAAUUGUACCUAUCUACGAAUCUAUAAUACUAAUUUAUCCCAUCAAUCACAACAGCUAUAAGUACGAUUGUUUAACACAUCCGUCUUUGUCGCAUCUGUCCGAAAACAAUAAUAGUAUACGUUAACAAAGUAUUAUCUAAUUCGAUUUUUACACAAAUAUAAGUGAGGGAGGGCUACAUACAUAUUAUAAUAACUAACGUAUUAAGAUAAAUAUAGUACAGUAAAACAUAUCAUGUACAUGAUACGUAUAUUGUAUUAUUAUUAUUAUUUUUUUUUUGUUAUGAUAAUUUAAAAUAAAAUAUUUUAAAAAAUACACCUAAUGUUAUUACGAGUACAAUUACAGUACCUACGAUUAGUUAAUUAUUUUAAAAUAGUUUAAUUCACGAAAGAAUGAUACGUUAUAAUAAAAAAUAGGUAGGUAUAGUAAAUGAAUUAUAAAUCGUCUUAAAUUUUAAUCCAAAAUAUGACCAUAAUCAUAUUUGUAUAAUCGAACAGAUUAUGACUACUAACUAUUAUAUUAUUUUAAAGUUAUUUACAAACCUAAUAUUACACGACUAUUAAUUAUUUUAAAUGGCUACGUCAUUUUUUUUUUUUUUUAUAUUGCUAAAACCAACCGUAUUAUAAAAAUAAAACUAACCCUACCCAAUAAUUAUUAUGCGCUUUGGUAGGUACAUAGUCUAAUGUAAAAAAAAAAAAAAAAAUAUUAUCACCGUGAAAAAAAUAUACUGAAUCAACAGUAUAGGUACUUAAUUAAAUUAAUAUAUUACGCGUCAAAACUUUAAUAUUAUUAACCCAAAACAAAUGUACCGACUCGUUUCGUUUUAUAUAUUUUUGAAGACACAAUAAAAUAUCCUUUAUGAUAAUAAUGUUGUCCAAAUUAAUUGUAAUAUUAAUAUUAUUAAGAGUUCUAUUUGUGACAUUUUGCAAAUUUAACAUGUACAUUUAACAAGUCUUAAGAAACUGUUUAAUCGGUGUUUAUUUUCAUAAUAUUGUUAUUAUUACACACGAUCUGGUUUACAAAAAAAACUCGCAGAGUGGGGCGAUAGAGUAGUAUCCGAUUACGAUAUAUUAUAUACAUAUAUUUAUUUUUUUUUUUGAUUGAUAAGAAAAAAACUUCCUUCUAGAUGCAAUAGACUUAAACUUUUAAUUAUGUAACAAAAAAAACACUAACAAAUGAUAAAAUGCGGUCAUUACAUUCAAACUUUAAUAUAUGUCGUUUAAAAAUACAAUUUUCAAAAUUCAAGUCCAAUUAACCUUAUAAGAAGUUUUCCUCUUUUCGACCAAAUCUGAUCGAAAUCGAACCACUCUGCGAUAUUUACCCGAAAACUAUGUUUUUCAGCAUCGAACAGGUCGCGCGAAGCAGAAAAAAUAACAAAAAAAACUCGAACUGAAAUAGCUACUUAUAUUUUAAAAUAGGUUUAAAAAAAAAAAACGAAUUCAUGAAAAGCGAUGAAAUUAAUACAAGAAAAAUGUAAAACAUUUGAUUCUCAUAAAUUACACUCAAAAUUGUUUUUAGAAUACUAUGGUUUAUUUACAAAUAAUAAACUUCGAUACGUUCGUCAGUUAAAAAAAAAAAAAUAAUAAUAAUCUACAAAUAAUCUAUUUAAGCUUAAUACAUACUUCGGAAAAUAAUUUAAUUUAAAAAAUAAUAUCGUUUCAGUACGUAUAUGUAUAAGUUUUAGAUAGGUGGGUAAAAUUCAGACUUUUAGUAACGGAAAAUAAAUGCAAAAUAAUACUACAAUUUCGCUAAAUCCGUUUACUUAGUUGUAUACACUUAUAAUAAUAGGUAAGGGUGGUAUAAAGUGGUUAAAACUUUCAAAAAUAUUAUAUUCAAAGAUUGAGCAACGCGGUAAAGCAUGAAUAAACCUUUUAUUAAAUAUGAAGACGGUGAAGUAUAAGCUAUAUACUACCUACGCAGUUUAUGUGAAAAUUAAAUUUCCCUAACAAUUUUGUACAACUAAAAUGUAAAAUUAGCAAAUAGAUUUUUUUUAUUUUUUACACAUUUGUAUAUCGUUUCUUUACGAUUUACAAUCCUAGUUUAAGUAAUAUUAUUUGUAUUUAUCUUUGUAAAUAUUGAAAUUUUUAUGUUCACUUCAACGAAUCGAUAAAUUAUAAUUUAAAAUUCAAAUCUGAAUUGUACUUAUAUGAUAGUAUUAAAAUUCGAAUUCAUAUUAUUUCAUUUUUGCAGUUAACCGUAUAAUAGUAGUAUUUUCAGUUUAUAUAAUAUUUGAUGAAAAGUUUUGUACCUACAUUUUAAGUCUAAUAAAUAUUUACAUAAGUAUUUUUUUUUUUCAAAAAUAAGAAUUUCAUACAGAAUGUAUCUAUAACGUAAAAUUUGGAAGGCUCUAUAUAUUCUCUUUAUAUAUUUGAAAAUUAAAUUUCAAGUAUAAGUAUAUGGUUUAUAAUUCAAAAAUAUUAUGUUAUCUAUUGCGAUUCCGAGUUACUUUAUAAUAUAGUGAAGUGCGAAAAACUUUAUCAAUUGAACAACCGAGUUAACUUUAUACCUACUGCAAUACGUUAAUAAUAUGAACUUGAAGCGAGGGAAAAAUACCUAAAAUUGUAUUAGUAAUAUUUUCUUUAUUUAUUGGAUCGAAGACAACUUUGUAUAGCCAGAAAUAGUUGGAGCUCACGUGUUCUUUUUAGAGAAAAAAAAUGAUAAACUUACAUCACCUUUAAAAACUACGGGCGCGAUCGUUAUAAUAAUUUUACCACUUAACAUCAUAUAUAUAUAAUAUUAUAUAAAACCAUUAUAUAGGUAUAUUGUAAUAUAAUCUUACAAAAAUGUGUUGAAACACUAUUAUUUUUCAAGUAUUAAAAAUAUGUCUAUAAACAAUAAAUUGCUAUAAAAAUGAAAAUAAAACUGUCUAACAACUAGACUAUCUAUACUAUCUAAUUGUCAUUAUAACAGUCAGAAAACUAACUAUUAAGUUAACUUAAUAUGUCGAUUAAAAUUCCUGUAAAAUCCUUUAUAUUAGCUGGUAAUUUAGACCACAGUUAACUUGAAUGGAAGUGGAUAAACAUUUUGAUUGUGAGAUAGUGUUAACCGUCAUGACCGAUCUAACCGAAAAAUAUCGAAAAUAAUAUAAUACCUACAAAAAAGUCUAAGAAAAAUAAAAAGAAGACGGCAUCAAUAAUGACUACUACUAUUACAUGCGUCUGUUUGAGGCGCAAUAACAAUGGCAUUGUUGUUUAAAUACGAAUAAAUACUCUAAAAAGUAAAAAUUACAUUUAUCACUUUUCUUUUUCAUGACUUUGUUUCCUUUUCACAUUCAACAAUAAUUUAUUCAACGUAUUAUAUUUAAACAACAAUUAUUUUCUUUGGUAUAUAGAUAUGUCCCCGCCUUGAAAUGAACUUCAAAUCCAACACUGUGUUAGUGUCGUAUAUUAAUGUAAUUUUUAAUACAAUAUGGCGCAUGUGUACAAAUAUUAUUAUUUCGAGUUUUUAAAAAAAGCACAAUAGGUAGGUACAAUUUAUUCUAAUUUAAAAUCAUAUACAUUUAAAUUAAUCAAUAUUUUGAUAGAGUGCAUCUCAAUUAAAAAAAAAAAUUAAGAGCUUGAAAAAUGUUAAUAAAUUCGCUUGAAACAUAUAGAGAUCAAAUAGAAAUUCGUAAUAUUAUGACGACGAUAAUACUAUUGCUAUACAGAUUAGCGAAAUCGUAUUUUUAAAUCAUUUACAAAAUUGCACAGUAGGUAUUGUUUCAUUAUAUUACAGCAGCUGCUGUGGGUAGGUAUAUAUAGUGAGAAAACAUGCUCAGUGGGGUAAAAACGUAUUUGACCCUUAAAGUGUUGUUUUAGUUAAGUAUGAUAUAUACACGAACAUUAUGACGUACAAUCUGAAAGUUAAGGAUUACUAUUGCAGUGAAAAUUUCGUUUUUAUAUUCCUUUGACAGAAUAAUUAUUAUUAUUUUUUUUUUUUUUUGCUACCCAUUUUAACGUCCAAAAGAAUCUGUUUAACCCAUUUUAAAAAAAGCUCAUUAGGUAUAUUGGGGUAGGUAUCUACAUUCAUAUUUGAUAUCUGUGCUAAUAUAAUUAUUUCGAAAUUGAUAACAUUAAUUAACCGUUCGUAAGAUUCAAUUAUAAAUCAAUUUUUUUUUCACUCAUAAUAUAAUUUCAUAAAAAAAAAAACGAUCCCUAUUAUUUUUGUACGCUUAAUAUAAAUAAAAUAAAAAACUGAAAGAUUUUAAAGUAAGUGUUUUCUUUUAGGCAACAUACUGCAUUUUCCGUGAUUAUACCGGUAAAAAAAUAAAAUAACAAUAACUGAAUGAAUGUGCAUACGAGUAUGGACAAUUUCUGAUAGAUAUAUUUUAAAAUCUACUCUAAAUUUUAUCUAAUAUCAUUGGCCUAUCAAAUAUCUCUAUUAGUAGUUCUGUUUUAUUUGAAAUGUGCAGCAGAGCCACAAAUUGGCUUGGUAUAGAUGAAGUAUACACAAGAUAACUUUCGAAAUCUUAGUAUCAUAUAUAGAUAUGAAAGUACGUGUACAUAAAAGGGGAAUUUCGGAACAUCGGGCACAGUAUAGAUGAAUUCACUGAUUUUAUCGGUAUCCCUAUAUAGGGAUACCCAUGUAUAUUGAGAAUAAGGCGAACGUCGUUGUGGAUAUAAGACUGAUUGGCCAGAAUUAUUUUUAAAUCGAAUUGAUUUUGAGGACCAGCACCUUAUAUAACUUUUCUUUCAACAUUCGAUAACGUCAUGACUUCUAAAAAUAUAAUACAAAUAAUAUAAUACGUACGUAUACACCAAAAUAUUAUAUCAUAUAUUCUAUCGUUUUCUUGACUUCAGAAUGGACGUUUCAAAUGAAAUCGUUCAUCCAUUCAAAGUUCAAAUGUAUGACCACACCAUGAAUUAAUAUCAUAUUUCAGUCAACUUAACCUUUAAUUUGGAUCGUUAAUUUUGAUUCAAAUUUCAAACUUUGCAUUGAGAAUUCAGGAAAAUAAUUUAAGCAAUUUUUUUUUAAUCAACCAUAAAUAUUAAUUUAAUAAUUCCAUAAUGUAAGCUCUAAGUAGUUAACGUAAGUAGGUUUUACUAUAUCACUUGUUUUAUAUGCAUAUGAUAUAUAUUUUAAAUGACCGUUCAAAGGAAAGGAUUGCGUAUAGCCAAAGUUUUCUUAGGUUAGGUAACGAAUUUUUUUCAAAGAAUUUACCAACCUAUAAGUAAUUUACGUUCAAAUUUGCUUCUAAAUAAAUACACUGUAAGUGGUAUAAAAAAAAAAACAACUUCCAAUUAUUUUACGAUGUUAUAAUAAAUUAAAUGACGACAAAAUAAUUAAAAGUAUUUUUAUAACUUUUCGUAUGUUUAGGUUUGUUUAGGUAACUAUACAUUUUUACCAUAAUCUAAUUUCUUCGUUAAAAAUGUAACGACUUCUUAAAUAAUUAAUUACUAUAAUUAAAUUAUUCAAGUCGCGUAGCAUUGUCAACUAAUCGUCUUAAUAAUAUUAUUAUUACGCAGGUACCUACUUAUAUACAAAAUUGAAAAUAUUAUCGUUAUAAUAAUAUUGAAUUUAAAAAUUAAUAAUUGUUUUGACAAACACUCGUUACAAGUACAUUAUUAUUAUUAUUAUUUUUUUUUUUUUUGCGAGUAGGAUUGUAUAAAUAAUAAUAUUACAAUACCGUCGAAUAUUCCUUUUAAUCUUUCGCCUUAAUCAUAUUUUCGAUAUUUUUUAUAGUAGGUACUACUCGUUUAAGUGCCCUGCUUCUACUUUAUUUAUAUCAGUAAUAAUUCAUCAUAAAGAAGUCAAAUACUUGGGUUUUUAUUUUUUAUGAAAUUCACAAAAAUAUUUAUAUUUCGGGUAUGUUAUUAUAAAAACAUAAUAAUUGGAAUUAUACAUUAUAUUGCAAUAAUUCAAAGCGAUUUUUUUAUUCUUUUAUUUAAAUUUAAAUUCGCUUCACACCCAAAAACCAAUACACAAGAUGUCCUACAGUGUUAUCCUUAUAAUAACAACUCUGGUCAAUUUUAAUUUUUUUUUUCUAUCGGGUUUUUUGCGAGGGGAACACUAAAAAAUUUAGUUUGUAUUUGCAUCUCUUAAACACUGGAAUAAAUAUAUAUUAAAAACAUAUAACUUUUCGUUAAUAUACAUAAUUUACCAUUUAUUAUUUGUUAUUUCUACGUGUUUUAGGAAAUGGAAUUAUUUCUAUAUUUGCUAACAAACUGAAGUAAACUUACAAAAUUUGCUGAUUAAUGAUAAAUGGAAUUAUUUACAAAAAAAAUUAAAAAGUUAUUGCUAACGAAAAAAAAAUUCUGAGCCAUGUAAACCAUGGAUUUUGGGUUCCCGAUCUUUUUCCGAAAAGAACAGCAUUUUUCCCGAAUAGUAUGUGUUUCCCUAGUAAUAUAAUCCAAAUGUCGUUUCCUCGAUUGGUAUAGUUCCCAAAUAGUAUUUAAAUGCUACAAAAAUUAAUUAAAACUACAAAAUAGUUAUUAUUGUUUAUUAAAACACGAAUAUCAAAAUACAAACUAACAUACUUCGCACGAUGGGUAGGCCACUGUUGUAAGUGAGAAUUUGAAUAGGUAGUUGGGAAAUUUAUUGCAUAUCUGAACGCAAAGAUUUAUCAUUGCUAACAAAAAACGAUUCUGAGUAGAGUUCAAAUAUACAUAUUUGAAAGGCAGUAACAUUUACGAUUUAAAAAUAUAUUUUGUACAUUCAGUCAGAUUUUCUUUCAGAAAAAGUACUAUAAAAUUGUAGCAAUAUUUCUGGUAGAAAAGUUGUUCACAGAAAAUAAUAAAUAAUAAACAUAAUUGUAUAACCAAUAUAUUCCUCGGUCCGCUCAUAAUCUAAGAUCAAUUGAAAUUACUAUUUACAAUUCGAUAUUAUAAACCCUGUCUAACUACGAAGUCCAAGUCAUUGGAGAUUACGUAAUUCAUAAUAUAUAUAUCUUAUCAUAAUAUAAUACCUAUAUCUUAUGUGUCAUUGAAAAUCCAACAACUUUUUUUUUGGAUAAAUACUAUUUGAAAAAUAUUUCGGUCAGAAAAUAUACCAUUUGGGUAAAAGAGUUCGAAAGAGGAGAUUUUUCGGAAAAUAAUAUUUGAAAAAAAUACAAUAUAAUUCGGGAUACGGGACCGGAUUGAGCCGGUGAGUUACCGAGCAAAACAAUAAAAGAUACAUUUUAUACUUUUGAAAUGAUGAAAAUACUUACAUGUAUACAAUCAAAAGGCGGAAAACUAUUCAGUAAAAUAGUUAAAUCAUAAUAAUUAAUAAUGAAAACAGAAUAAUUUAAUGAAAGCUAUUUGAGCAUUUAGCAGAAAAAUAUAUCGUCCACAUUUUGUAAUGAAAAAAUUACUCAAUUGAGAAUUGGGCCGCUUCAAAUUUUAACUCGGGCCUAUCUUAUUUCUCAAUCCAGAACCGUUCGGUCACAAUACCGGGAACCCAUGUUUUGAAAUACCGUUAUAUUUACGAAUUAUGUGUAACUUUAAAACGCUAAAAAAAAAAAAUACGUCUACAUUACGAUCAACUACUUUUUUUUUUUUUGAUUACUAAUGAGCUUAUGAUGAACCUUGAGUAUAACUUCAAGCAUUUCUGCUCAGCCAAAACAAUUUUAUGCACAAGAAGAACUUCUGAUAAAAAAGUUGUUUACAGAAAGUAAAAUAAAAAUUAUACAAAUACCAUGUGGUCGUCAUGAACGUUGGUCGGAAAAUAGAAAAAUCCAAAGUUUAACCAUGGAUUACUUAUCUAGGAGGGUAUACAAACAAAAUAUAUAUGAGACAUUUGUCAAUAUUUGUAUUUUUUUUCCCCCCAGAAAUCAACCAAAAAUCUGACUUAUGACAAGGCUAAAAGUUAGACUGGGGCAAAUUUGUUCAAGUUACCCCUUCCCCCCUCAAAAUGAUACCAUUAUGGGCUUAGGGGAACAAAUUAAACUAAAAAAUGCAAAAGCCUCGUCCAUCGUCACUCGUCAGUCAAUAAAUUACACAAACAUCGCGCAGUAAUUCGCAAGACUGCUGUUACGGCCGAACGCGUUAAUAAAUAAUAAAAACGCUUUUUGAUUCAGAGCUCUCGGACUGCAGCGCAAGGCUUAUAAUGAAUAGUUUAUCGGAUCUCGUAACUAUAUAAAACGUUUAAAUUAAUUAUUAAACAUUCAGCUAUGAAUAUUAGAAUGCAUUUGGUGAGAAAAAUUUUUUAUCGCACGUGACCCUAAUAUUAUAAUAAAAUAUAAUAUUGUUUACAACUCAUCGGGGCAUUAUACGCGUGGUUUUCAAUUAUUUAUGAAAUUUUUUUUCUCACAUUAUUUAUUUUAUACACAUAAUAUAUACCUACAAAAACGUAGUUAUUCGUAAUUAUUAUACAAGAAUAGCUGUAUCAGUUUAUUUUGUUAUCGUAUAUAUAUAAAUACAACGUGAGUAGGGAAUGUCAACUCGGAUAAGAUACCCGCAUAGACACCGGUAAAGCCCCGACGGGAUAAAAAAUAAUCUCGCCGGUCGUACAUAAUAAUACAAAUUGCGCGUAAAUCGACUGACGGGGAGAUUUUAAGGAUUUUAGAACUACCUACUAUAGCGGUUCUCUGACGUAUUGAGUCUUCUCGCUUAGUGGUUUCUGUUCGUGAAAAUUUAGAUUAAAACCCGGAUAUGGUUUUUCUCUCUCAAAAUUACGCAUCAAAUAACCUCUCCGCAGAAUUGUAUAAUUUUAUUGACCAAUUCAAAACAACUGUAAUAUUUUUCCGAGAGUGUCCCCACGAUACUCUCCCGUAUAAUGUACAGACGAAUAGGCCCCCGACGACGUUACAAAUAUUCUAUUUAUUACAACUAUUUAUUUUUUAUUUAUUUUUUUUUUAUAUUUAAUGGGGUUUUCUUUCUUUUUGUUUUUAAAAGGCCUUCGGAAUAAUAAUCGACUCGGGUGACCAUAACUAAAAGUAUAUUACACGCCAUUUAUUCAAGGGCGUAUCUUUGCUACAGAUUAUUAGAUUAUUAUUCUCUAUAAUUAUGUAGGUAUGCACAUUUCCUACAAACUAAUUAUUAAUAUGUUAAGGCUGAUUUUUUUUUUUUUUUUUAAUGUCUUUAUUACUAUUGUGGGACUCGUUUGGUUCCGUGUGAAUAACGUACAGUGAUGAACUUUAUACCGUAAAAAAGUUUAAAAAAUAAUAAUUUGUUAUUUAUAAAUAAUUAAGAAUUAUAUCGGCUGCGAUAUUAUUUGCGGCCUGGAAAAACAAUAAUUUCUUAUUGGUCCUUCAAUAAUUUUCCUUAUUAAUUAUUAUGAUAUUAAUUUAAUCCACAACCGCGAGAAGUGCAAAACGCAAAGACAUAAUUUAUCAUAUAAUAUAGUAUUAGUUACCCACAAGGCUACAAAACGCAUAAAUAACGACCGAAGUAAUAAAUAAUUAUAAUACACAGUUAAUUCAAAAAUUUAAGCUAAAAUAUUGAAUUAUUACUUACAAAAUAUAGUUUUUAUAUUGUAUAAACACAAUUUUUACUAAUACGACUUCAUAUAAUGUACUUAACAUUAGAAAUAAUACUAUAAAUGUAAGGUUAGAUUUUAAGAAAGUGUUUUUUCAAUGAGAACUUACGCGUCAAAAGAGCGAAUAAGCAAAAUAGCUGUUACAAAUGUCAUUGUUUUAAAUAAAUCUCUUGUUAUUUACCUAUCCCCCAUUUUUAUUUUUCAUUCUCGAUUAGUUUAUUAACUAACAAAAACCCAAAACAAAAGUUGAAUUAUUUAUUUUAUUUUUAAUUUCAUAGUAGACUAUACUCCCCAUUCACAUUUAAUAAUACGAAUUUUUCAGCCACUUGAAUUCGUAACUACAGCUAAGUUCAGUAACAUAGCCAGAAAAAAAAUUGUUUUAGAGGGGAGGGGCACUUAAUUUUUGUUAAGCUAGAAUAAUUAUCACCUAUUAUUUUAUGACUCACUUUUUCCUUUAUCAAUUAUUAUUUAGACCCCUUUAGUUUUACAGCGGAAAGUUAACACUAAGUUUGUAACCAUAUAAGACAAUAUAUGAAUCACCAAUUGCAGAAAGAGGACAACAUAAGGGGGUACCUGGUGAAAUAUUUUGUUUUUUUUUUUUUUUUUUAUAAUUCACAGAUAAUUUAAAAUCAAAAAGAUCGAAUGAUAUUUUUUUACAACACAAACUCAAAAAGAGAUCGACUAAACAUAACAUUAAUAAAUAAUGGAAAAUUGUUAGCUAUUAAUGAUAAGAACAAAAACCUAUGAAUGACAAUACCAAAAACAUGUUAUCACGGCAAUUUAUUAAAAUAUUUAGCUCAGAAAGGGGACAUUGUUCUGGACUUGUCCACUUUUUACACUAAGAACUAACUUUAGCUGUUCAUACUUUCAUAACAGUUUGAUGGACGAGUCCCAUUUUUACAUAAAAUAUGUACCUUGGUAAAUAAAUAUAAAUCCGAUAGUAAAUCAAUAUUUCAAGAGAAAUCAGACAUGUCCCUUUUCUACAAUUAAAGUGAUUCAUAUAUUAUACAAAUAAUAAUAUAAAACAAUAUAUUUUAUACUUAUAAUAGUACUACUAAUAAUACAUUUUAUUAAUAUAACGAAUUUAUUUAAACUGCUCUAAAGCAUUACGGAAAAAAAAAUUCUGGGUGGAGGAGCACGUGAUUCAAGUGAUCCCUUGCUAACCACACUAGCUAAGGUAACCGUAUAUUUUCUUAAAUAUGAAAUUUUAAUCAAUAUGGUUGAUUUAUUUCACAAAUUUAGUAUUUUUUUUGUACAGUGAUGAGAAAAGCCAUAACUAAAUUUAACUUAAUUUAAUUUAAUAUUAUUAUAAUAUUAAAUGUAUUAUAUAAUUGUCAAUCUUCCAGUAGGUAUACUUACCUAAAUAGCAUUAAGGUCUCACAAAGUAGAAAUAGCUUCUUGUCUUUACAGACCAAAGUAUAAUAUUGGUUAUACGAGAACUAUAUUAACAGCCUAUAUUAUAAGUACAAGGCAAAUUCGUAUAAGUAAUUUAGUAUGGCUAUCGACAGUACGUAAAUAAUUAAGUUUGUUCAUGAUCAGCUAUUAAUAAUUGAUGAAUAUUAUAAUAUAUAAACUAUAGCGGCUAUAAUAGAGUUAUUAGUUAUUCGCAAUAUUAUGUUACAUACCUACAUAUACCAUAAAACUUAAUAACAAUUUACAAUAUAUCAAUAUAAUUAGAUGUAGGUACCUAUUGCUAUUUUAUAUACUGUAUCCUGCAAAGCGUAGGAGGUGUUUGCGAUGUAUUCUACAGUUUUGAGUUCGAACAAAAUGUACUUAUACAGAGUGUAUCAGAAACAAGAACCCUCAUACAACAAUAGAAGUCGCUCGAUUUAUUCGAGUUUUAAUCGAUGUUUUGACACAAAAAAUAUACAACCAAAUCUAUUUAGAGAUCCACAUACGUGUAGUACGUUAUUCUGCAGCGGGUGACAAUUGUUUUUAGGACACCCAGUUAUUAGGAUUUCGAAUAUGAACUUAUCUGAAAAAAUGUGAGUUCUUAUUUAAAUAUCAUUAUUAAAAUAAAAUUACGGUGGAAAAUUGUAAAAUGCAAAACAAAAUCCCGUUAUACUUCGCACCAUGCUUACCAUGGGUAGAUUUCUGGAAAGCUUUAAAAGUAUUGCAUGUAGGCAACAAUAAAUCAUCACAAUUAAAAAAGAUUCUAAAAAAAGUUUUAUAGCAACAAAAAUACCUAUUAAUAGUGAAUUUCUUCAGCCGAAAUAAUCCGUAAUCAAAAAAAAAAAAAAAACGAUGUAUUAAUAUUUGUUGUCAGUUAUUAAUUUUUUAGAUAAACUUUUAUAAAUUCAGGUAUUGUUUUUCAAUAAAGUACCAACGAAUAAUACACAUCUCCUAAGGUACGGUGUGAAUAAUUUGGAGCCUUUUAUACUAAACGGUAUAGGUUAUUGGUAAUCAAUAUAGGUGUAUAUUAUAGCUCAUAAUUUAUUAAAAUCGAAAUACUUAUAUCAAUAAUCGCGUUUUGUUAACACCACGGUCAAUAUAAUAUAACGCAAAAUAAUAAUUAUUAUCACGUUAAAAUACUAAACAGUAUUUGUAUUUAAAAAAAAAAGUAAAUGUAGAUAGGUACGCAAUAUUUGAUUAAAUUUAAACACUUGGUUUUUGCAAUAAAUAGUUCAUAUUGUAUAGUAGGUAGUAGAUGGUAGGUAUACUGUAUAGUGAUAACAAAUUAAAAGAAUAAAUUAUUAUUAUUUUAAGAGAAUGCACGCACGCAGUUGAAAUAAUUAAAAUCUAAAACUUUUCAUAUUCUUGUUAAGGAUAAAUUACAAAACGGUUUUUAUUUUCCCUCGCGUUUACCUCGUUUUUUUUAAACCAUAUUUAAUUAUAUUUCGUUUUUUUUUUUUUAAAUGAAGAAAUAAUUUUCUCCCGCCGAGCCGAGACGUAUUAGACACGUCUAAUACAAUGUACCUAGUUGUCCGUUUUUAUUAAACACAUUAUUGGAGCCACGACCCUUUUUUUUCUUUUUUAAUCCACGUAACCUAAAUUAAUAAACUUUAUUUUAAUAUUCCCGAAUUGUACACGAAUCAUUUUAAAACACAAUUUAAUUUUUCGUAUAUUUAAAUAACACAAUUUUUUUUAUUAUUAUUUGUUUUUUAAUAAAUUAAGCUUCUGUCUACAGUCCUGUCAUCCUGGUAGUGCGAUUAAAUUAAAUAACAUUUUGUAACAACAAAAAAUACAACGUUAUUAACGACUGUUAUCUGUAUAGUAAGCUUUUAACUUAUAAUGCGUUGAUGUCUGUGCGUCUAAAAUAACAUUUUAUUUAACGUUAAAUGGAUUGUGCUUGUAUGAUUUGUAUAUUAUUAUAUAAUUGCAAAUAUGUAACGUACAAAAUCAAAAAUAACAAAAAAAAAAUAAACUGUCACCAUUUUUUUUAUAGGUAAAUGAAAACCGAAAACAUCCAAGUUAUGCAAUAUAAAGUUUUUAAUUAAAAACGUAUCAGUAAUUAUGUUCAAGUAAUAUAAACUUUGUAUCUAAUUGUUUAUUUCAAUAUUAAAAAAAAAAAGAAAAAAAAAAUCAAAAACAAAUAAGUUUAUAUAUUUUUGUUUUAUUUUAGUAUUUGUACAUUACUGAACUACUUAUUCGAAACGAAGAUGAGUGUUUAAUAAGAAAUACUACCCAUAGAGAACCUAGUUAUUAAUAACCGAUAACAAAACUUUAACAACUCAACUAUACGUUUAUGUGAAAUAAAAAUUGUUUUUUUAUUAUUAUUAUAAUUUAUUUUAAUGUUUUUGCGUCAAAUAAAAACACAAAAAAUAAAAAAGCUGGACUCAAUCGCAUCAUAGGUAGACCACUGUAAUUCGUGGGACGUUUGAAUAGGAUAUAGAAUAAUUUAAUUUAUAUGCUAAAAGCAACGAUAAAUCAUUGCAAUAAAAAAUCUAUUUUAAACGGAGUAGUAGUAUUUGUAGUAGUGGAAGUAGGUAGUGGUAUUACCUAGUUUUAAUCAUGUUUUUCCAAUCUUGUAUAGCCAAGUUUACCCAGAAAUCAAUAAAAAUAAAACCUAUGUAACGGCAUUUGUUGACAGGGUUUUUAAAUUGUAUAGAAAAACUGUUGUGAAUUGAGACAUUUUUUCUUUAAAAUAUCAUCUGACAAAAAAAAAAGAAUUCUUCAAGGUUCCUACGGUUUAAAAAAAAAAAUCUGAGAGUAAACCUAAAAAGCGUUUUCCGAGAAAAAAAACCUAUUUUAGUCAAAAUAUAAAAAAAUGUUCAAUAUACUCAGAAUUUAAAAUAACACCAGUCGAAUAUUUUUAUAUUGGCCGACAGAUUGAUUAACUACUACCACAUAAAUGUAUAUUCGUCUGUACACAGAAAAUGUGGUGAUACGUUAUAUUUAUAAGAUUGUUGUUGUGUAUGUUUCAUAACAUAUUAUAAUUGGCGGAAAAAUAAAAACCCGAUUUAUACAGAGCGAUGACUCUUUAAUAGUAUACCAGAUAUUACGUUUGAAUAAAAAUAGCUAUUCAAUAAAAAUAUAGUAUAGUUAUAAUUUGAAAAAUAACAAAAUUAAAGACAUAAUUGUAUAAUUUAAGAAAAUUUUACAAAAGUAGGUCAAAGUAUAUUAAAAAAUAUAUAUAUAUAUAAAAUUCGGUUUGUUGUCUCCGAGAUGUCUCGGCCGUUUUAGAGUUUAUCGUGUAUACAGAUUACAGAGUGUCUUAAUAUGUUAUCCUUACGCUAAUAACUCUGUCAAUAUUUUUUGAGAUUCAAUCAGAAUCAAAUGUGAAAUCACAUUAAGUUUAUUGUAAUCAGAAAUCAAAAAUGGAUAGCGGUUCACCCCUUAAAAUGAAGGUGAAUAAAUAAGGAUUAUGAAACAUUGUCAAAUGUAUAAUAUAAAGUUUUCAAGUAGUCAAGUAAGUAAUUUUUAGAAAAAUAAGUAUUUAAUGUACAAUUAAACUAUACUAUGAAAUUUGGAAGAGCCUGUAUAGUUUAAUAUUCAGUUUAACGCCGAUGAUAUAAUAAUACAACGCACUCAUAGAUAUUAAUGUCAAGAGCCCAGAUUUAUAACAAGGGAGAUAUAUAGGCAAUUUUAACAAAAUGCUUACAAAAUCAAAAAUUUAUCAUUUCAAAAAUCUUUGUCGGUUUAUUUAACCAUUUAUAAUUUGAAUGAAAUAUUUUUGUUAUUAUUAUUAAUAUUUAUUUAGAACAAUUAAUUAUUUUAAAUAGUAAUAGUAUAAAGUUAGCAUUAAAAAAUAAUAAUCCAAAAUAGAGAGUAAGUAACAUGUAAGAAAUAUUGUAAGAGAUAAAUAAACACAGAUAUUAAUGGGUAAAAAUAAAAGUAUAGAUGGUUCUAGACGGCAAUGACGGACGUCCUGUGUGCGUUUAAUAAAGUUUACUUGUUUGUUAUUUUUGGUUUUUUGAAUUUCUUUUACAUUGAUCUAAAGUGUUAUAUUGUAUUAUCCCAAAAUUCAGACUACAGAGCAUACAACAGUGCCUAUUCUCAUAACUAUAUGUAUUGAUAAAGUAUAUCAAUAUUGUAUUAUUUCUUCAAUCCAUAAAGCAUGCCUAGUCAAAUUCACAAAAAAAUUGAUUCAAUUUUCAGUUAUACUAUACGUUAUAACUACGUUAUUUAUACUCUAAACUCUUUUUAACAACUAUCCGUUUUUUGUUCACACAAAUCACCCUGUAUAGUAUACAUUGUAUCUAUCAACAGAUUAAAUCUUAUGUUUUUACAUAAAGGAUUAUAAAUUUCUUUUAGAUUUUACAGUUUUGUUUUUUUUUUAUAUGGGUUAUAAUAAGAUAGAGUUAAAUUUUAAUUGGCAGUUUAUACUUUUAUUCAUUAAAAUUAAAAAUAUGUUUUAAACAUAUAUUCGUAUAUAUACGUAGUUAAAUCAUUCCUGCAUUUUGGUUACUUAAAAAAAAAAAAAAUGUAGGAGAAUAAUAUUAUAUACGAUAAUUUAGUUUAUCAUAUCUGUAGUCAAUAAUAAAUUAUUGCAAUCGAAAAACGUCAGUGUGAAAACGUCCCGAAAACAGAAUUCAAAUCCAACCAAAAGAUAUUGAAUUUUUACUAUCUGCAUUUUGCAUUUAUCAAGUAGGGUAUAUUCCCUAUUGCUCUUGGAUGACGUUGAACGAUCCUUCAGCCGCUACAAAUUAGUUUUGAAACCUAACCGCCAUAUAUUUAAGCCUGAUUAUCUCCAAAUGUACGUUGUCUCCAAGAAGACGAAGAUAAAUAAACAAAAUAGACAACAAUUCAACCUAAACCCAAUUUAAUAAGCCUUUAGUCUAUAUUAUAUACAACACUUUUUUUUUCGACAUAAAUAUAAAAUGAUUACUAAAAAAAAAAUCUAAAAAAGCUAAUACUGGGGACGAGUACGUCUAUAGAUGUAAAAUGGGGAGGGAAAGAGAGGCUACUACCCCCUGUCAAAAUUAAACAGCAAAAUGUUCCCUUUGACGUGUCCACCACAAAUGGACACGAUCCGACGGACCAACGAAAGUCGAAAACCACUGAAACCCGAUAAACGUGCACUGAAAUAACAUAGGAUAUAUUGCAACGUCAAUGAACAAUAAUUAAUACACUAACCGUACAAAAACUUUUUUCGUAAUUUGGUAAUCAGCUGGUCGAGUGUCGUUUCUAUAUUGUUUGUUAAUAUUACGGUCGUACUUUAUGAUGAACCAAACCCAAGGUUUAUACCAUAAUAUUAUAUUUACAUCGUGCAUAUUAUUCGAUUUAUUUAUAUUUGUACCUAAGUAUUUAAAAUCAUUUAUUGCUUGGAAGGUAUGACAGUCAGAUCCACUAUAUUUCCAUUUCCACUGCUGACGACUAUAUAUUUUGUUUUAUCUUGGCUGCUUUAAUUAGAUCGUCCAUUAUUAAAUGGACUGCGAUUAGAGAGAGGAAUACAAAACUGACAUUGAUAGAGAGAAAUAGUCAUAUCAGAGGUGUAGUCAUGGAAAAGUAAGUUGCAAUUCGUAAUAAUAUGCAAGGUGGAUUAAGGCAAGGUAUAUACUCGUAUCAGACUUAUCAGUUGAUUAAAACCAUUACUGCAGUUAAAUACACCGCUAGCUAGGUGCGCGGCCUACCCGUUAGAUGAUCAGGAAUGUUAUUAUUUGUGUGUAUUUUGAUGGUAAUAUGACUUUAAAAUGAUACGUCUGUGAACAUAAAUCAUGAUAUAUUUAUUAAUACACAUAAGUAUAUAAUAUAAUAAUAUAAAUUGUUAUUUAUGAUAUUAUUCAUAAAUUAUCACAGAUAUGGAUAGUAUACUUGUAUAUUUAUAUAUAGGUAUACAUACUAUUGUUGUAUAUAUCUGUGUAAAUAUUAUAAUAUAGGUACUGCAGGUAUGUAUAAAUAGUUAACUAUUUAUUGAACAAUUUGACACGAUUAUUAUAAGGAGGUAACACAUCGACAGAUACAUUAAUACAACUUAUUUUGUAGUUUGGAAACACCAACAAUCAAAUAAAUAAAAAUAUUUUAUAAUAUGGUUAGUACUUGGUAAUUUUCAAUUUUUUUUUUUUUGUAUACCGUAAACAACUAUUCUACGAGAAAUCUUGCUUCGAUAUAUCAAAUGUAACAUCAUUUCUGAAAAGAAAUUUCAUCUACUUGAUAUUUUAAGAAAAUAGUUUUUAAAUUUUUCUUAGUGGUUUUCAUAAUAAUUGGUGAAAAGAGUAGAAAAAUCGGGACAUUUUACAAAAAUAAUGGUUUUAUUAUUUUCAAUUUUGUUAGUUUGUUCCAAUACAGUUAAAAAUAUUCGAAGAGACUUUAAACUUGAAUAAUAAAUAGAAAAUAUUUUUAAAUGAACGUGGUAAAAUUUUCAAAACAUUUGUGCCAUUUUUGAGCUAUUUAUAUAAAUUUUAAUUUUGCGAGUUUUUACGUAAUUUUUAUUCAGUAGGUAGAUAAAAUUGUUAGAAGUUGGAGAACUGUUGGAAUUGUUAGAGAAAUUUUUAGAGCUAGAGGUUGGUUAUAAAUUAAACUUUAUUGUAAAAAUAAAAGUUUGUCCGUCUUUUCUAAUAAAAAAAUGUUUACUUACAUAGUUACGACAUAAGUAUGUAUUUUUUUUUACUUUUAAUGUAUAUUUAUGCAUGAAAUAUUUUUUCAAUGCAUUGGGACUAAAUUUAGCUGUACUGAAAAUAAAUAUGAACCAAAGAAAUACAUAAUCUAUUUUAUUUAAAUACCAGAUUAAUUUUUGCCUAUAGAAUAUAUAACAGCCAAAAGUCAAACCAAAAAAAAAAAAGACGCACAUACUUCACACGACGGAUGGGUCAUUAUUGUAGAAGACGUUGGGAAGGUAGAAUAUAAAGGGGAAUUCAAUGUAUAAAAUGAAUAAUCAUUGCUAACAAAAAACAACUCUGAGCCGAAUUCGGUUAUACGUAUUUUGAAAGGCCGUAAUAUUUACAAUUUUCAUCAAAAUUUGAUAUUAAAAUUCUUACGAAAAAGAAUUCCUACAUUAGGCACAAUUUUUUUUUUUUUUAUAAUCACAAAGUACGGCUGAACCCCUGUUAAAUUUUCAAGCAUUUCUAUAUUAUCUAACAAUUUUAUGGACAGAGUACCUACCGAAUAUAAAUUAUGUAUGAAAUUCACAAAAUUAAAAUGUCUAUACAUAGCUUAAAAAUAGCUACAAUGUUUUGAAAAUUUUACUAACUACACUUAGAAAAUAUAUAUAUGAGUUUUAUGCCUUUCAAUUCUCUACGAAUAUUUUUAAUUAAACAACAACAAAAAAUAAUAAAUUUCGUAAAUAUUCCCGUUUUUCCUAUACGUUUUUUCCCAACUAUAUUAUGAAAACCGCUUAGAAAAAUUGCUCUUUAAGUACCACAAAUAUACUUAGAAGACCUCGUAUGUUAAAUAAAUAAAUCGUAUGCAUACUCGUAUGUAAGAUAAAUUAAAAAUGAUGCAAGCAAUCAAUUCAAAUAGGGAAUCAGAAUUUGGGUAUGUAAAAAAAAAAAAACUGUCAUUAAAAAUGCUUAAAUUGUUUACAUUAUACCACCAAUAUAAAAGAGAUCAUGUAAGAAAAAACCAAUUUGUAAGUUUAUCAUAUCAGUUCGUUAUGAAUACGCGAUUUUUGCAGGAAAACACACCACACCUAAAUAAAACAUAAUAUACCUAGUACGUAUAUUAUUAUUGCUUAUAUCUAUAGAUCACGCUCGACGUCGACGAAAUGUUAUUUUAUUCAGAGCUGAGCAAACAACCGAGCUCUUUCCAAGCCCUUUUCGCAUACAAAAGCCCGAAUAAUGAGAUAUGUACACCCUCCGCCCAACUAUUAUACCUACAUAUCAUCAUAUAUUAUACUAUUAUUAUUAUUAUUAUUAUUAUUAUCAUCACCUAUACAUAUAUGUGUGAAUAUAUCUACAGACUGGUUGAUCCGAUUAAAAUGCUCGGAGGGCAAGAGCCGCUACUGAUGUUUUUGUAUUUCAUGUGUGACAAAACGCUUAUAUUCUAUACAUAUAUACCUACCUACGUGGUAGGUAACAAUGCGAAAAGGGAUUGUUAGGAGCCCCGAAAAUAACCGACGACGAUGACGUGCGGCAAGCCUUUGAAAAACACCCAUGAAACAAUGGAAUCAACGAUGGCAUAACAAUAUCGAAGGCGAUAUAUAGGUAUAAUAAUAAUAUUCACACCUUGCUGCUGUAUAGCCGUCGCCUAAUUAUAAAUUCGCCAAAAACGAAAAAAUGAUGAUCCAGCAAAUGCGUGAUACAAACUAAUCCGUAUGGGUGCAGAGUAUUGAUAUAAUAUUUACGUAAUUGGGCACAAUAAAUUGAGUACAAAUAUGCAUGUUUAAUGUUUACAUUAUAACGUAUAUAUAAUACUAUACUAGGUUAUUAACGAAAAUAUAAAAAUAGAUGCCUAACGCAUUUAUAAAACUAGUACAAUACUUUUACAAGUGCAAUAUAAUUAUUUAGGAAAUAAACUAAGAUAAUAAAAGUAAUGAAAUGAUCUGACAUAGUUGGCAAGACGGUACUAAGAAAAGAAGACUGUUCAGGAUUCAGUAGAAAAAUUAUCUACUAAUCAAUUAUCACAAACAGUAUGACCCGUUGACUCAAUAUGGAAAAGUUCCUUGAAAACAUAAUAGUGAAGAAUGGGGCGCUAUAUGGCUACCAAACUUGGACAACUACUACAGCGAAGAGAAAAAAAGAUUUUGGCUAAAAAUGUGACGUUAUCGAAAAAAGGUUUAAAAUUCAAUAGACAAAAGGAGUAACAAACAGGAUAGAGUAACUGCUGCAUUACUAAAUUUUGACGAAAAGCGCAACAUAGAAGAGGUGGAACAAAAUAAACAAAACAAAUUAUGAUAGACUUAGAUAAGGAUAGUUAAAAGAAUUUUAAAGAAUUACCUAAAUUAUAAAAGGGAGAUUCCUUUAGAUAUUUAGAGUAAACCAAUAGAAUGAUUAAAUACGAGAAGAAUAACAAGACCAAGGCAAAAACCAUGAUUAAAUUUAUAACACCAGAACACUGUAGUCUUGAUCAUUUUUUAUAUUCCAGCAAAACAUAUUUAAUAUAAAAAAAAAAUGGCGUUAAAGUUCUGAAAAUUUAGUCAGGCGAAAUACAUUUCAAGCAACCCCGAUUUUCAACGUGGCCCAUUUUACAUUUUAUUAUAAAAUCCAUAUAACCUCUCGUUCUACUCAUUGUGGCUUAGCAUGUCCUCUACCGUGAAAUAGAAAGGCUGCAAGCCACGGACAGAAGCAGCUAAAAAUUUUUAAUUCCCAACACUAUCUGAGUUUCCAGAUGGGAUGUGCAUUGGUAUAUUAGGCUACAAAGCAAGUCCUAGACAUCGCUAGGAAUGAUGUUCCUACCAUUAACAAAUGUUUUCACUUCUACUUGGUCACACUUUCGGCCCAUGUUGGUGCCACAAUUAAUAGUAUACUAUUCACGACAAACAUUAGCAAGGUUCUUUUGGCCUAAGAUGGCCCACUGAUGUUUGGUAUGAGUCCUCCUAAGGCAGAUUAAGCUGCGUUAGCCCACCUGGUCAAACUCAAUACCAUGUUUAUUGUGUCCUCUGUAGUUGACCUGCCUCUACGAAUGCGAACUUAUUUAAACUUACAUUACUUCUUUUAUAAGACCUAUAAGUGUAAGAUACAUUAUAUGGAUAAUAUUUUGAACGAGGCUAUUUUCCUCCAAAAAUGAGAUACCUAUUUCUUAACACUCCAUUUUUCACAAAAAAAAAAAAAGUACUUUCCAUUUUGCUGUAAGUAUUAGGAAGGUUAGGUUAGCAAUCUUGAAUUCUGGUACAAAAGUGCGACUAUUAGCGCGUGAAACCAAAUCGUAAUCUGUAUAAAUAAUUAAUCAUAUUUUUGGUUCGACGAAUCGGCGUAAAAGUUCAAAAUCAUCAUCUUAAUUAAAAAUGGUAUAAAUAAAACGUUUAGAUGUUUAUGCAGUGUGUGCAUAUAUUAUAUAGGUUGUAAUAAUUAAUAAAUAUUCUGUUGCCGUAGGUAUAACCACGCACACGACACAAAUUUAAAAUAAAUUUAUAUAUUAUGUAGAUGUUAUUGUUUUGUAAUAUUACAAUAUUAUUAUAUUUAAUUUAAAAAAAAGAUGUAAUACUGCUAAAAGGUGUGCUACUGUUGUGGAUAGGAGGCAGGACCGUACUUGGAAAUUUCGCGCCCCGGGGCAAUAUAUUUCCUGCGCCCCCCCCCCCCCAAAAAAAAAAGCUAUUUCUUAAAAUGUAAGGUAUAACUAUUUCGUUACAUAUAAUUUUGGUCCACAAAAAACUGAGCCAACAACCUACAUAUAAUCAUGCUACUCUCAGUAAUUUGAUAUUGGCAAAUUAGAAAUACAUACAAUAUACACUACUUAUAUAUACAUUAAUGUGCGUUUUAUUAUUCUAAAAUUUGUAUGAAUAAUAAUUAUGAUCAUAAACAUUUAAAAAAAUAUAUUAUAACUCGCUAUAGGCUAAAAAUAUUAAUAAUUCAUAUAUUAUAGUUAUUUCCAAAAUCUCUAGUAAAACCAAUGUUUAAUAAGAAAAAUAAUUUAAGAAAACAAUGUAUAAUUUAUUAUUCAGUAUUGCAUUUUUUAUUAAUAAUAUAAAUCUAUAUAUUGUAUCCAGCGGUGUAUUGGGGGUGUACGGCGCAUACCCAAUACGCUAUUUUUAUCCAUGGCGUAUAGCUUAUGAGUUUUGACAAAUUGAUGAUACGCGGGUAUGUGGCCGUAUCUACAGUAUAUCCUAUACGGCAAUUAUAAAUACCUAUUAUAUAUAUAUUUAUAUAAAUUAUUGUAAAAUACAUUUUGACGAGCACGAAUUGUAAUACAGAACGUAACACGUAACACGAAGACUUAUUUAUUUUUUUUUUUACGAACAACUAUUAUCAUUUAAAAAUUAAGGUUUUGUUAUCAGUAUUGUUAUCAAGCAUUCGUAAUCAAAUUAUCCUUAAAGAAAAUAUGUUGUGUAGAGGACUUCGGUCGACCGGAUCCUACUAUCAUUUAUCAUAAUAUUUCAUCGAAGUAGAUAAACAAUAUACUGGACGCGCUCUUACCAAUAUUACCCGUGACACGAUAACGAGCCAUGUUAUCAACGUUAUCACCACCACUGCAGGGCAAAAAACGUAGUCGCCAAAUUGUGCACGUACAGAAAAACCCAAAUGCCUCACAAUAAUUAGGGUACUUUCACUGUUCCGAUUUUAAGUAUUAAAAAUGCUUUGAAAUUAUUAACAAGUCUACUAUACGGUGAUGCAGUUAUAUGCAGAAAAAUAAAUAAAUACACACGUCGUACAAUAAUUGAAAUUAAUACAAUAUAGAAAUGUAUUGUGCUUACUGUUUACCUUUAAACAUAAACAAUAAUAAUAUACGACAACUUUUAUAGAAUAUAAAUAAUUUAAUUACACUUUAGAUAUUCCUAUAAAAUAAAAGUAUUGAUUAUUUUAUAAACAUUAAAGAAAUUAGAAUGCCUUUUUUAUUGUUUUCAGUUUUAAACCGACCACGCUGCAUUAAAAAAUACCUAAGAGUUUAUAAAAUACAGUUUACCAUAUAUUAUUGUAUGUUUUUGAGUGUUGCUGUACUUACACAUAUUCCAAAACAUAACAUAAAAUCAGUCGUACGGUAAUUAAAGUAUUACUAAAUAAUAAAAAUUUAGAUAAUUUAAAAUAUUAAAAUAAAAUAUAAUAGGUGGUGAUUCUUUGAAAAUAUACCCGUUAAGAAUAAACCUACAUACACACAGAUAAAUAAGUGAUGUAAUAAAUGGGAAAUUAAUACAAAUUCAACACGAAUAAAAAAAAAAUAGCAUAUAUUUACAAAUUUUUAAAUCACUAGGCAUGAAAUGUUCACUGCAUAAAUAGCUGUUCUAGUUGGAUAUAAAAUUUUUACGUUUGACUUCAUGUAACCAUUUUUUCAACACUUCGGGUAUUUUCAGAGGAAAUCUAGAACAUCGAGAUAAAUAAACAAUUGUUUAUAAAUAAUUAUAAUGUGCGUUUAUUUAAAAUAAGGAGACGAGAUUUUGUUAAUUAAUCGAAAUAUGCAAUUACCGAUGGAAAUGAAUUCCGUUGUCUUUUUUACGUCUAUUUGUACAUCCGUACGCUGAACAGGGUAUCACCAUAUUAAUUAUUAAUUACAAUCACACAUUUAUAAAAAUUAAUAAUAGGUAUUUUGAAUUUUAAUGAACGGAAUACAGAAAUCCUAAUGUCGAUACUUAUCCGUAUUACUAAUUACUAUGUAAACUAAUAUAGCAGUACAUUUUCUUGCCCUGCAGUAGGGGGGGGGGGAAGCGUAUAAAAAUUAGGCUCGUUUUAAGUAUCAGUGUACGCGCUCCAGUAUUGUUUAUCUAUCUCGAUGUAAUAUUUAAUAUUAUUUUGUAUUAUUAUUGUGAUAACUCGUUGAGUCAUGAAUAUUGUGAUAAUAAUAUUAUACUUAAUAUUUGACCAAUAUAUUUCAUACAUUUUCCUGUUAUUCUUCAGUUUUUUCGGUUUUUCAGAUUUGAUGAGAAAUCUCCUGAGAAAAUCGAAAAAUGGCCUCCCCAAAGUACCUCCCUAGUCCGAUUUCCUUUCGAAAAAAUGCUAUUAUUAUAAAUCGGAGCAAGAUUUCUAGUGGAAAAGUUGCGCAUAGAUAAAAAAAAAAUAAAUAAAUAUCUUUGUAAAACCAUAAGCUUCUUCGCUCUAUACAGAAUCUAAAAAAGUGACUGUUCGAGCGAAGCAUAAAAAAAUUGUUUGGACCCUACUUUUAGAUCUCUCUACAUUGUCUCUAUAUAGGUGAAUGAGACGUAUAUCCACCGUUUAUUUUAGCAAUACGUGAGCAAAUUGCGUGAAUAAAUAAAAAAAAAAAAGAUCGUCUAAAUUCUAAUACUCUAAUCUAAUUUAAGAGGGAGAGGGAGGAUGUGGGAUUUUUAAAAAUUUACAAUGGGGGCACAGAAUAAAAAAGAUUGGAAACCACUAUGUUAGAUGAAUCGGAUUGUGUACGCGAAAUAAAUUUUUAUAUAGAACACCCCGAAAAAACAAAAAAAAAACGCAAAUCAUAUAAGUAUUAAAUAAUAUAUAUUAUAUAAAAAUAAUUUACAAUUUGUACAGAUGAAGCAUAUAAUUACUCGUAAAUCGAAUAAUAUAAAUACAAAAUAUUUUGAAUAAUAUUUUGAACUACACUUACCUUUAUACCUAAUUUUGUACAUAAUAAUUUAUAAUGCAUACGAGUUGCGUAUGCAAUACAAAUUUAGCAACAUUAUUAUGGAGAAAUCGUCAGUUAAUAUUUUAGUUUUAAGCUUACGUUGUUUCUAACCUAACCUAAAUUUCAAAAAAGUCUAAAAUUGAUUUACUAAUCUCGUAUAAUAAAUAUUCAAACAUCUCUGGCAAACAAUUGUAUCCCCGAAUAAAAAUGUAAAACUUGAAAAUACCAAAUGCCGAGUAUAAAUGGGUUCGGAAACGAAAAUUCUACAAGAAACAUCCUUUAUUAGAUGUUACGAGUAUCAUUAUAAUUUAAAAUUUAAUUAUAUUUGUUUCUACAUUAUUUUCUGGAUAGGCGGAUGUGCCAUGUUCGGUCAUUCCUGUUACGGUGGCCACGGUAAACGAUCUUUUCAAGGACCCGCCGUGCAAGAAUCUGCAGCGAGAGAUUGGCCUAGCACAAGUGAAGAAGAGACUCGAAUUGACGACGUGAUCAAUAAGUAUUUCGAGAUGAAACCGUCAUCGCCGCACUUCUCACCGUUUUGGCAAAAAUGGGUGAGUCUGUAUAUGUGUAUUAUAAUGCAUACUGUUAAUCGAUAUUUUUUCUUCGUGUUAUUCAUCAUCGCCCGACUUUUGACAUUAUGCAUUUCUUUCUCGAUCUAGAUUUUCAAAAUCAUUUUAAAAUAUAAUAGUUAUUUAUUUCAUUAAUUUACGAGUGUAUUCUUAUUAUACGGUCAAAUGGACUAAUAUUCUUGGUUUUGUCUUUUAAUUUCUCUUCUGAUUCAAGUUUAUGGAUAUUCUCUCGAGGUAGAGAAAACAGAUCCAUGCUGGUUGUGGAAAAUACGGCUUUCUACGGGCUUUGUUUAUAUUCUCGUCAUAUAAUGUAUUUUCGGUCAAAAACAAAAUCACCAACAUUCACCGAUACCGCUAUGUAACUGACGACAUUCACUAGUAAAUGCGUACAAACAAUAUAGUUUUAACCAAUAUGUCAACAUUCACCAAUGAUUUUUCUGUACAGUGACAUUUACUAGUGACUGUUGGCAAAAUCAAUAUCAAAACAUUUAACUAAAUUACAAUAAAAAAGAGCCGAUACUGGGGAUGGGAGUGGCCACUGUGUAGGUGAGAAGUCGGGAAGGUAGGAUACAUACGGUAAUUUAAUUUAUAUCUGUAAGCAACGAUAAACCAUUGCUUAACGAAAAACGAUUCCGAGCGCAGUUAGGUAAUACAUAAUUUAAAGUGCCGUAUUUUUUUUUUUUGCGAUUUUUGUUUAAAUUUGAUUUCAAAACUCUUAUUAAAAAAAAAAGUCGUCCGAUAAUUUUGGAAAUUUUACCACGUCUAGGUAAGUUCAUUAUAAAUAUUAUUACCCAGUUUCAAGUCUCUACGUGUGUUUAUAACUGAAUUACAGCAAAAGAACUCCAAAAAUUAAAAUUCUUUAAAAACUCAAAAGUUUUGGAAAUGAUACCGUAAGAAAGUAAAUCAAAAAGGCAACAAAAAAGGCGUACUGUGAUUUUUCGAUUAAAUCAUUUUUUUCUAUUAGAAAACGCUGUCCGUGUUUUAUAAAAUAAUAAGAUCGUAAAAUUUUACGGUUCCCUACGUUUUUCCUACGUAAGUGCUUAUAUUUAAAAAAUAGUCUCUUUAAAGUACAAUCUAGACAACUUGAGCUUUCAGAAAAGUUACUACAUAUAAAAAUUGUUGCUCCAAUUACUAGGAAAAAACGUGUCUACAGACUAAAAGAAGAAAAAAAAAUAAACAUCUUAGUAAAACCAAUAGCUCCCUAGCUACGCUUGGAAUCUAAAAAACUUCAUUUAAAUGAUGAAACCAUUAAAGCCGUUAACUUUUUCAUCUUGCAAACAUUUUUUCCGGUUUAAGAAACCUACACAAAAAGAUUUCCUUUAACACAAAUUCGACAACAUUUUCUUUUAGAAUAUAUGCUGCACUUAAACUUCAAUGCAAUAUCUUUGGUAAAAAAACAAGAUCAAAAAUAAUGGAAAUUCUAUCACCAUCAAUUUAUCAAUUUUUCCUAUACAUUUUUUCCGGUUAUUCUCAAUUGUUAUGUAAACUACUUAGAAAAUCUAAAAAUGACCAGAUUAUGCAUCAAACUUUGACUUAAUGCGUAACCUAAAAACAGUAUAAUAUUCAAGUGCACAUUUUGAUUAUUAUCUACUAUUGCAUAUAGUUUUAAAAUGUGUACAAGAUGCAUUUUUAGGAUUUUACAAUUUUCAAUGUAAUUGCAUAGGAAACUGCCAUGUCCCGCAAAGCCACUAUCACCAAGUAUAAUAUUUUAUAUGUUUUGAAUUUUAAGGUUUUAAUGUUUGUGGUUUAUUUGCAGGUGCAGAUGUAUAAUGAGCGCAAAAUGAACAAUCCUCCAAACGACCACAACAUGAUGUGAAGAUACCAAUAAUCCACAAAUUCAACGUUUUUUUUAUUUUUACUUUUCACGAAAUAAUUCAGACUCAUAUUAUUCUUACUGUCGUCAGACAUAUCGAAUAUUAGACUUAAAAAUCACACAAUUAUACAAAAAAAUAUAUCCCUUCCAUACAUAAUUUUAUUUUUUAAUCUCGUUGUUCGUUAUACUUCAUAAUUAUUAUACUAUAACAAUUAUCAAUAUUAUUAUAAUGUAGCUGGUACCUACAACAUUACAUUACAGGAAUAUUCUGAUGAGAUAAAAAAUACUCGAUUGUGCCGCUCGGUCAAAUAAACC